AAGGCUGUGCCCAACAAGCACCUCCAUUCACGCAUCUCCUACCUCUACCAAGCGGCCACCUAUCUAGCCGCCCAAGCCAUGCCAGGCCCAGACCCGCUCAUAGAAACCACUGCACCCACACAACCAGCCACCCAGAAAGCCUCGAGCGCACAGCCCAGUCUGCCAUACUCCUACCAUCUCAUUUCCCAUCUGCAGCUCGUCUCGCUGAAGGCCCAAGUCCGCCUCUCCCACCAAGUCAAGCACUCCAUCUGCAAGCGCUGCAGCGCCAUCCUCGUCGCCGGGAGCACCUCCUCCAGCAGCGUAGAGAACCCGAGUCGGGGCGGCAAGAAGCCUUGGGCGGAUGUUCUUGUUGUCGAGUGUAGUGUUUGUGGAGCAAGGAAACGCUUCCCUGUUGGUGCUACGCGGCAGCUUAAGAAGAAAGACAGA